UAGACCCACUGCAGUGUAUUUUAGAACUCCUACCCCCGUUCCGCACUUUGUUUUUGUUCAGUCACUGAAACGAAGACUCGAAAAAAUCUUCACCAAAAAAAAAUCAAUCCCGAGGUAUGGACCGGAAUUUAGGUAUCUUGGUUGCAGCACUUUUGUUGGUGGCGUCGACCUGUGAAUCCGCUAUCUUCAAUCCGGUGUCUGAAUCUCACCGAUCUGCCGCGUCUGAGCUCCUUUCUUCCGCCGAUGGAUCUUUCGGAAGUCUGGAGGAGACAUAUGAGGCAUUAAAGACAUUCGAGGUUCUUGGGAUUGAAAAGAAGCCUGAUAUAAGAACAUCCGCCUGUGUGUCUGCAGUCAAAAUCCUAUCGUCUACUUCUUCCGCUUUAAAGGAUUUAUUCCAUGCGUUAAGGGUCAAUGGCGUACUGAAGUGUGAGCUUAACGAUCAGGCUUUUCCGGGAAUCGGAUCUAAACUUAAAGAUUCUCUAAACGGUGCCAGUUCACUUCUUGAUUUUUACUAUUCUAUUGGAGGUUUGAUACUUAUAAAGGACCAGACUUCUGAAGUGGAUGUUCAUAUUAGUGAUGCUGAUAGAAUUUUUCGCUCUAUUAAGGCUCUUAGCCAGAGCGAUGGGAGAUGGCGCCUUAAUUCCAACAACCCUGAGUCUAGUAAUGAUGCCGCUGGGAUAGCACUUGAAGCCCUCUCUGGAGUUAUUUCUUUAGCAUCUUCUGAGAUCGAUUCUUCUCUGAUUGCUACCUUGAAAAAUGACAUUUCGAAGCUUUUUGAUGGUGUUGAAAAAUAUGACGACGGGACUUGUUACUUUGAUGAGAAACUUGUUGAUGCACAUGGGCAUAAGGGUCCUCUUUCAGCCUCUGCAUCAAUAGUUCGUGGAAUCACAGCUUUGGCGGCAGUCUCCUCUGAAAAUUUGAAUCUUCCAGGGGAGAAAGUUCUGGGUUUGGCAAAGUUUUUCCUUGGCAUUGGAAUUCCUGGAAGUGCCAAAGAUUUGUAUUAUCAAAUUGAUGCCUUGUCUUGUUUAGAAAGCAUUAGGGGAUCUGUUCCUCUGAUUUUAUCACUGCCAGCCACUGUCCUUUCAGUUACCAAGAAAGAUCAACUUAAGGUUAAGGUCAGUACUGUAUUGGGUUCUGCUGCUCCUCCUCUGUCAGUCAAGCUCAUGCAGAUUUUUGUCUCUGGUUCAAAAGAUGCUUCUGUCAUCGAUCAGAAGCUCAAGUUUGACCCUGAGAAUUCAGUGCAUGUUUUGGAAACAUUGCCAACAAAUGUUGAUGUUGGAAACUAUAUUUUUUCUUUUGAGAUUAUCUUUGACGAACCAGAACAUAAGAACAAAUAUGCAACUGGAGGGCGCACUAGGGUACCCAUUCAUGUAACUGGAGUCAUUAAGAUUGACAGUGCAGAGAUUGCUAUACUUGAAAAUGAUCUUGGGAGUGUAGAAACUCAGAAAAAGCUGGAUUUACCAGGAGAGAGCGCUGUUGCUUUAUCAGCUAAUCACCUCCAGAAGUUGAGGUUGUCCUUUCGCUUGACCACUCCUUCUGGACAAGUUUUCAAGCCUCACCAGGCGUUUCUCAAGCUGAAGCAUGAUAGUGGAGUUGAACACAUCUUUGUUGUGGCAAACUCAGGCAAAAAGUUCGAGAUAAUUCUAGAUUUUCUGGGGCUGGUUGACAAGUUUUUCUAUUUAUCUGGUACUUACGACCUUCAACUCACAGUUGGAGACUCUGUCAUGGAGAAUUCUUUCCUUCAGCCUCUGGGCCAUAUUGAAUUAGAUCUUCCAGAAGCACCUGAAAAGGCAGCCCGUCCCCCUCCACAACCAGUUGAUAUGUACUCCAGAUAUGGUCCUAAGGCAGAGAUAUCUCACAUUUUUAGGGUUCCAGAGAAGCGACCUCCUAGAGAGCUUUCUCUUGCUUUCUUCGGCCUAGUUAUCUUACCAUUUUUCGGUUUCUUGGCUGGGCUCUUUCAUCUUCGUGCUAACCUCAAGAAUUUUCCCAAAUCUAUUCACGCGACCUUUGCCAUUCUCUUCCAUCUGGGCAUUGCAGCAGUUCUGUCACUCUAUGCAUUAUUCUGGUUCAAGUUGGAUCUGUUCACAACAUUGAAGACACUUGGUUUAUUGGGAAUAUUCUUGAUGUUUGUCGGGCACAAAACGCUAUCCCAUCUUGCGUCUACGUCGGCCAAAUUGAAAACUACAUGAAAGUUGUAAUACCUACCUAUUAUGGGAGUUUCAAAGCAGAGGAAUGAAUAGCUCUACUCGAAAGAAAUUCCGAUUCAAUCUUAUUUAAGGACAAGAUUACUACUAAGUUAAUGUAAUUGCAUCCGAAUUUUUGUGAGAGAGUUUUAAGAUUUACGUGAAUUAGCAGAUGCGAGACACAUCAUUCAUUACCUGUUGAAUAGAGUAUUAGGGCAUAGAUGGCAUUUUAGCUGGAGAAGAUCGUUUUGCGGGAUUAUUACAUCGCAGGUAAACUGUGUAGUAAAAUCUUUAAUCGAUUUUCUUAUAGAGCGGGUAAUGGAUUAUUAGCAUACAACUUUUUUUGGACAUCGUAAUGUAUUCGAAAACCGGAUUUGUUUUA